AUGGAUGACAUUGAGAAUGAUGCAGUUGCUAGGUAUCCCCCUAACCCUUAUGCUGUUAGUCACCCUCAUAAUCAAGGUUAUGGUUAUCAGAAACAUCCUUUUCGGAAUUCUUCUUAUUCCCCCCAUCCAGUUGUAAAUGAAUCUGCCAAGGAUUUUAAUGGUGGUGAUGAAGAAGAUGAAUAUAGGUUAGGAGGGAAAGAUGAUGUUGUGGAUGAUGAUGAUGAUGAUGAUGAUGAUGAGAAUGAUGUUGAUCAAAAUAGGAGAGUUCGUAUUUCCAUGAAUCAUGUUGAUGAAGAUGAUGGCGUGGAUGUGGAUGGCGAUGAAAAUGAUGAUAAUGACCAACAACAGAGUGAGGAGUAUGGUUAUCUGAAACAUCCUAUGAGGAAUUCUCCAUAUUCCCGGCCAUUUGAAAAUGAAGGUAACAAUGAUGGGGAUGAAGAAGAUGAAGAGCGGUUAGUGGGGGAACAUGAAGGUGACGGUGAUGAUGAUGUUGAUCAAAAUAACAACUUUCAGCUUUCCCGAAAUCAUGUUGAUGAAGAAGAUAACAAUGACGGGGAUGGGGAUAGGGAUGAAGAUAACAUUGAUGGGAAUGGGGAUGGGGAUCAGGAUAGGGAUGAAAAUGGUGAUGACAAUGACGGAGAUAAUGACAAUAAGCAGAAAAUUUAUGCCAUGAUGAAUGAAGAUGAAUUUGAGUGGCACCCGAAAAAGCAAAAGCUAAAGAGUUUGAUGUCAACCUAUGAAUUUGCAGCUCGGGUGCCUGAACCAUCCGCUGCAGCUUCUUCAGCUACUAAACCAUCUUUUGGUGCUAGAAAUUCGCUUAGUGAAUGGACUGAGAAAGAGACAUUUGUUCUUCUUGAUGCGUGGGGUGAUCGGUUUCUUCAACAUGGAAGGAAGAGUCUUCGGUCUGAUGAAUGGCAACAAGUUGCAGAAAAGGUAUCAGAAGUUUCAAAAGUUGAUAGGACAGAUACUCAGUGUAGAAAUCGUUUGGAUACAUUGAAGAAAAAAUACAAAAAGGACAAGAUUAAGUUUUCAGAAAUGGGUGGUGGAGAUAGAAAAUGGGUUUACUUCAAAAAGAUGGAUAAGUUAAUGUCUUCUCCACCGCAACAAGCAGGUUUCUCUUGUGGUUUGGACUCAAGAGAAAGUGUUUUAAUGAAGCCUAGAGUUUUUGUUCAUCAUGCAAAUGGGUUGGAUGACACGAGGGAUAAUCCCACGAAUACUGAAGUCACUGGUAUAGAAGUUUUAGAAAGGCCUCGCGCAAAGAAAAGAAGAAAAGGUAGAGGCAGUGACGAGGCUUCUUCCUUCAAAUUACUUGCUGAUUCCAUUCAGAAUUUCAGUAAGAUAUAUGAAAAAAUUGAAAAUAAUAAAAGGCAGCAGAUAAUGGAGCUGGAAAAAAUGAGGAUGGAUUUCCUCACUGAAUUGGAAACACAAAAGAGACAGAUUUUUGAAAGAUUGCAGAGUGAGAUUUCAAAACUCGAGCAAAGAGACGAUUAA